AUGAGUUGUCCUGGAUGCCUCCUCGCCUCAUCCCCUCGUCGAUUUGGGUCCCGCGUCGUGACGUAUCGGACUAUAGCGCCUGGGACGGGGCAUAGUGUGGUGGCUAUGGCGGUAGUUAUGCCAUCCCUGCCCUAUUAG